CGACCCAACCGCUGCUUCCGGUUGUCGCUGUUGUUGUGCAAUCUGGUAGAAUAGCGCGUAGUUUUUGUGCAAUUUCACUUGGUUGGGAAACCAAGUGACGUAUUCACCUAGUUAGUGAUAUUUAUAGAGUUGUAAACUAUCCAGAAGGACUUAUUUUUAAACAGAGAGAGUGCGCACAGUAUCGCAGACAGAAGGAAGACUUUGCACUACUUACGUCUAAGGAGAGCAACGAGGACUCGCAACAAGUUUAAGCACGAGUUAACAACACAAAUCCUGAUUUAUAACCCUAAAAGGACUCGGGGGUAUAUAUCAGGUUUAUCACUAAAAGUGCCAAAUACCAAAGACAUUGUAAAUAUUGUACAGAAAUUAUAUAAGACAUUGUAAACAUGGACGCUACUGUGAUGGAAAGUUCUCAGGGACCAAUAAACACACCAAGUGUUUGGGGUAAGACCACAAGUACCCCCUCCUCCCCGUGGGGAACAGCAACCACACCUACUAUCUGCUCACUUGAGGAAGUCAUGAGUGAGGAGUUAGCUCAUGAGUUACAGGAAAGGGACGAAGAGGACGUUAUUAAGAGGGUCAUCAAUGUUCAAUCUGAGGCGGCCAGUGAGCCAGUCCCAGACCUGUCAGCUAUGUUACCAGAGCCAGGAAGUGAGACAAAUGAAGACAGUGACUUUUUAUUGGCACAGUUACUCCAGUUAGAAUACGACAAGGAACACGAUUUAAUGCUGUCCAAGGAAGAAGCCAAGUUGAAUGGCCAGAGUAAAGUAUCUUUGUCUUUCUCCAACUACCGUACAGUUCACCCGUAUGUGGAGGAGGACAGUGACAGCGAGGAUGACGAUCUAACGUGGGUGACCAAUGUCUACAAAGAUGAACCCGUGCCUAAUUUCAACAAGGCUGGUUACUCUGGUAAAGGGAAGAAUAUUACAACCAAGCAUGACCCUGUUAUUUGUGGAAAGAGAAAUGUAUCCAAGAUGGAGAAGUUUCCACCAGAAUUUGAGACGGGUGAUGGCAAGGGAAUGGACCUCAAGCUUCCAAAUCACGUCUUUAACAAACUGAAGCAGCACUCUGUGUCAGAAAACAAGAAAAGUCAGCGUCUUCACGAGAAGAAAGAACACUCAACAGCACAACAAGCUGUUGAUCCGAAAACCCGUCUGAUCCUGUACAAACUGGUGAAUGCUGGGAUACUGGAUAACGUGACAGGAGUGAUCAGUACAGGCAAGGAGUCCGUCGUCUUCCAUGCUGAUGGUGGCAGGUUUCACGGUGGUCAUUCUGAGGAUGCAUAG